CUUGUACACUCCCAGAACCAUCAUCUCAUCUACGGUUAUACUGUCCUUUGUGAUACUGUUCAUAGCGGUUGUUCAGUAUGGCAGAAGCUCAUAAUCCUCUAAUUUCUUCGAAAUCCUCAGAUUCAGGGCUGCACGUGCAGCUCCAUCCUCUCGUUCUCCUCACAGUAUCCGAUCAUAUCACAAGACAUGCGGCAAGACAGCAGCAAGGUCCCAUUAUUGGAGCUCUCCUGGGCCAACAGGAGGGCCGUGAAGUCACCCUUGAGCAUGCAUUCGAGUGUAAUGUCAUCUAUGGACCGAACGGAGAGCCACUACUGCAUACAGCAUGGUUCGAGGAAAGAGUUAAGCAAUUUAAGGAUGUCCACAAGGACCCAGCUCUUGACCUUGUAGGAUGGUUUACGGUCACCCCGCCCUCAGGUCCCGAGCCGUCACACCUCCAUAUACACCGUCAGAUUCUCAACGAAUAUAACGAAUCUGCAGUGUUUCUGGCUUUCCAUCCGUCCCUUUUGAAUUCAUCGUCUGCUGGAGCCAAGCUACCACUUACGAUCUAUGAAACUAUCUAUGAGGGCGACACUUCUGGGGAGGGCGAUAAGGCCAUGCAGAUUGACGGGGAGGAGCCCUCCUCGAAUAUCAGGUUCCGAGAGCUGCCCUAUUCCGUGGAGACAGGAGAAGCGGAGAUGAUCAGUGUCGAUUACGUCGCUCGAGGAGGAGGAAAUGCUACAGCAGUAGAGGCUCCAGCAGUGGCGGCUGCAGCGCCUCAACCUCAGCCAGAGAAGAAAAAGAGGGGUCCUAAGAGCACGAAGAAGGGUGCAGAGAGUGAGCAGAAGCCUGCUGAUACAACGUCAGCGCUCACCCCCGAGGAUGAAGACCUAAUCGCGAACCUCAACACUCGCUUGAAUGCCGUAAAGACGCUCGAAUCGCGCAUUGGAGUGAUACAGAGCUAUCUCUCCAGUCUGCCUCCAUCAUAUCUGGAAAACUUCCCGUCCACAGAGUCAAAGGAAGGAUCCGCCCCUCAGCUAUCACAUUCAAUCCUGCGCAACGUAUCCGCCCUCAUCUCCCACCUCUCUCUUGUCACGCCACAAGACCACGACUCCUUCUCAACCGAGUGGACUGCUCAGAGUAACGACGUCGCCCUCGUAUCUCUUCUAGGGGCGCUCGGAAACAGCGUAAAGGAAAUGCGUGAGCUGGGACGCAAGUCAAACAUCGUCGAGUCGACAAAGCAAACCAACGCAUCGCGGAAGACACAAAUGGCAUUCCAAAGCAGACUGGACGACGAAUACUUUACGGGUCGGAAUGGUGCUGCUGCGGGCGCCAUGUUCCUCUCUUAAGAGAUUUUCGCUGGAUUCGAGAGAGUACUUGCUUUUUUACUGCUUCAAUCGGCCCUUGAGCCGCAGGGCUGCCUUUUACUUUUUACGACCUUCUACGAAUCACUUACUGGGUUCAAAGGAGUCUUGGCGUUGUGCAAGAAAUGUAUUCAGAAAGCCCCAGGUGCCGAUCAAAACCAUACUUUAGAUGUGUAAGGGCACUACAUGCAUCCACGUACGAAAUAGCUCUGAC